AUGGCAUCUAUGGAUCUGAAAUUUGUAAUCCUCUUCCUUUUUCCCAUUGUCAUUGGAAGCCUGGGAAAUUUCUUCCAUUUUUGGCAUUCUACCUGCCUUUAUUUCAGUGGAUGCAGGUCCAGAUUCAUAGACUUCAUUCUCAGGCACUUGUCAGUGGCCAACCUCUUGGUCAUUCUCUCCAGAGGAAUCCCAGAGACGAUGGCAGCACUUGGGAUGGAAGAAUUCCUUAAUAAUGUGGGAUGCAAACUAGUUUUCUAUGUUCAAAUGCUGGGCAAGGGUGUGUCUUUCAGUAACACCUGUCUGCUGAGUGUCUUCCAGGCCAUCACCAUCAGCCCCAGGAGCUCCAGGUGGGCAGAGCUGAAAGUGAAAGCCCUAAAGUGCAUCGGGCCCUGUCCCAUCAUUUGCUGGGUCCUACAUAUGCUGCUAAAUAUCAGAGUUCCUAUGCUUGUGAGUGACAAAAGGAACAACAAAAACAUCACAAACACUAUAGAUUAUCAAUACUGCACGGCUAUGAGUCCUGACAAAGACAAAAACUCCAUUUUCGUGGCAUUGACCUUAUCACAUGACAUUUUGUGUUUGAAACUUAUGAUCUGGAGCAGUGGCUCCAUGGCUUUCAUUCUGUACAGGCACAAGCAGCGAACUCAGCAUAUUCACAGGCACAUCUCAUCAAGAUCUUCCCCUGAGACAAGAGCUUCUCAAAGCAUCCUCAUGCUGGUCUGUACCUUUGUAUCCUUAUAUGCACUGACUUCCAUCAUGAAUGUUUGGUUCUCUUUUUAUAGCAAACCUGCUUGGUGGCUGGUUAAAACUUCUGCCUUAAUUCACGUUUGUUUCCCGACCAUUAGUCCAUUUAUUCUCAUGACUCGAGAACAGCUUGUAUGCAGGCUCAUGUGGAAGAAGUGA